GGACUGUUGCCUUGUACAUUAAUAUCAAUCAUAAAAAAUGUUUAAUAUUUAUGAAUCAAUUGUUCUCAACCAGAAUAUGCAAGAAAUAUUUGCCUAUGCACAUUGAACAAAUAUAAAAAAAUCAAUCCUUCAGUCCUAAAUGAUUCUUUCUGCAGAUAAAUCUCAUUAACAAUUUCAUAUGAUGUAAAAACAUGUUACAUCCCAUUAGAAUACAUCAGUGAAACCUUUUAAAAUUUGUAUAUUCUUUAAAAAAUUACUUACACCAAACUGAGUCACUAUAUCAUAGUCACAGCCUCAAACCAAGAUUGCCCUUACAAUUAUGUAUAAAAGGACACCUUUCUUUUGAAAAAUAUUUGUUUAAAUAUUUGCCUAUAUUUCCUUAUUUUCAACCGUUUAAUUAUCCAGUAGCUUUUCCACCAUAAUUAAACCAUCGAUAACAUGUAUGUUAAAUUUUACCCAAAACAGAACAAAAAGUCUAAAUAUAAGUCUACGCGUAUUAGAUCAAUUGUACAUAUGUCAAAUGUACCGGAAAUACAAUGACAAUAUACCUAAAUAUCGUGACUAAUACACUGAUAAGUGUAACAGGAAAAUAAACACAUUCAGUUUCACAUAAAUAGGUUAUGCCUUAUUAAAAUAUGAAUACAUAUAUCAGAUGUGAAAAUGAAUUGUAGGAAAUUGAAAACGGAAAAAAACACUGUUUUUCAUUAUCAAAUACCUUUUACCAUGUGUGUCGCUAAUAAAAGUUUGAAUAAACAAAUUGUAAUGUAAGUCAUUGAAAUGAAUGGAAAAUUAUUACCUGUCAUCAAAGUAAAGGUGGUUGUUGUUGGAGAUGCAGGGGUAGGAAAAACGUCACUGGCUGUCAGAUUUACCGACAAUUCAUUCAUUCAACAUUACAAGCAGACAGUCGGAGCAAGUUUUUGCAGUCGUGCUUUAGACUUUAAAGACAAAACUGUUGUGUUUAACAUUUGGGAUACUGCUGGACAGGAGAGAUUCCGAAGUUUAGUUCCUAUGUACCUUCGAGACGCAGGAAUCGCAUUGGUUGUAUAUGAUAUUAGUAGUCAUAAAUCCUUUGAGAAUGUAGAGAGUUGGCUGUUACAGCUACAACAGUACGGACCUAGGGACUUGAAAUGUGCAUUGAUUGGAAACAAAGUUGACCUAGACGACCUGAGGGAGGUUCCAACUCAGGAAGGAAAACUACUUGCAGAGGGCCAUGGCUUGUAUUUUGAAGAGACAUCUGCUAAAUCAGGGGAAGGAAUAAACAAAGUGUUUAAUGAUAUUGGUAGUGCAUUAGCCGAAGGAUGUAAGAAAGAGAAACGAUCAUCUACUGUGUCUAUAUGUGAUUCAUACGUCCAUCGGAAGAAGAAGACAUGCUGCUAAUAUAAACUCGUUUGACAUGUUACUUAUAAUCUCUAUCAUAAGGUUGUUUGUUUUAUGAAGAUGGAAGUACUGGCUGCCUAAUGCUGUAUGACGAUAGCAUUUAUAUUGUUAAAAGUUGUAUAGUCUACUGCAUAUAAAUAUAGAAAUAAGAUGAUGUGGUAUGAUUGCUGAUGAAACAACUAUCCACCACAGUUCAAAUGAAGUGGAUUUAAGCAAUUAUAGGCAACCAUUAUUCGGCCUUCAAUAAUGAGAAAAACCCAUACCUUAUAGUCGGCUAUAAAAGGCCCCGACAUGACAAAUAUGAAGCAAUUCAAAUGAGAAAACUAACUGUAUGCAUAGAUAGAUAAAAUUUUCAACAGAUGUUUUAGCUAUAUGCAAAGUUUGUAAAAUCAUAAAAUGUCGGGUUUCAAGCUCUGUUGAUAAUUUAGUUUUUUUCCUUGUGUAACGUACAGUGAUUAGAAAUGUUUGCCUCAUGUUAUUACUCAGAACUGUGCUGUUGAAUCUUUGAAGAUGUCAACCAUAUUCACCUCCCAUAUCUGUUUUGGCGAUCAAUCUAGUAUGGUUCAUCGAAUAAGAUGAGGCAUGGCAAAUUAGCAAACUACUAAUUGGUUUGCAAGGUUAACAUAUCAAACAUGGGCAUGUUCACAUCACACGGACUUCAUUAACGGGGAUGUCACAACGCAAAACCUGCUCCAGCAUGAUAAUGAGAAAAAAAAAGACUGAAUGAAUAAUGUUUUUCGGUAACCGAUGGUUGACAGAUAUGAUGAUUCUGUAUCAAUGUCAGAGGGUAUAAUGGAUGGAAUCGUUAAGUGUAAAACACAUACUUUUUCUCUACUAUCUUAACAUCAAAUGAACAUGGACAAUUAUUUCAUUCGUCGGAUCGUAUUUGUUAGCUAACAGUUGCGUCAAAAACAGUAAAAUAUUUAUGGUGAACGAUAAUUUAAGCGAAUGGUACCGUUAGUAUCAUCAGCUUAGUAGUCACUACGUAUACUUCGGUUCUGACAUGAUUUAUAAAAAAACUAUCUAAAAUUGGCCGUUUAUAAAUUUUGAAAUUUACAGGAACGAAGGUUUCAACUCCCUCAGGCAAAGUUGGCCUCAGAUGGAUUUGGCUAUUUUUUUAAGUUCCUAUUUGGUUCAAAGCUCAACAACGUUUUCGGUCCCUAUACAUCCUUGGCUUUCAAAUAUUCGGCUUUGAACGUUCCUGGUGAAGGUAAAUCCAGAAAAGCGCUUCGGACGCAUGAAAUUUAUAACGUGUUGUUUUCUUUUUUUUUAAAGCGAAUGGUAUCGUUAGUCGUCAUAUGAAUUGUCCCAUUCCCUCUUUCAGUCAGGGUCAGUGAUCUGUUAAUCAUCCAUUUGGAAUAUUGUAGCUGCAGUGAGGUGAUGGCAAUAUGACAUAAAAUGCUAUCUCCGUAAUAAGGGUAUAACUUGUUUCCAAGUUUCUCUCAAACUGUGCAGGGGGUAACAUAUUCCUUAAUGUUACAAUCAAAUGGUCCUAACUAACGAAAUGAUAAGUCCGUCUCAUUUGUAAAAUAAAAUUUAUAAACUUAUA